CAGCUUCGGGCUGAACCAUCCCCCAUCGGCGGAGGAUGCGUGAGCACAUCGCUGCAUGCGCACAUCGUGAUCCGGUAUAUGCGGAGGGACACGGGCUUGGGGUCACCUUCUAUCACUGCGAAAGAGGAAAGCAAACCGUCGUGAUACGUCAUUUUUGUGCUUGAAAAAAUCAGCUUUCCUGCAGGCGUGUUCAAUUUUGCUUUACAGCAUCCUUCAUGAUGUCUGGCUCUUAUGAUGAAUCUUCUGUCACUGACGACGCCAUGGACAGCUUUUGGGAGGUGGGAAAUUAUAAACGUGCCGUGAAGAGAAUUGAUGAUGGCCAUCGACUUUGCAAUGAUCUUAUGAACUGCCUUCAGGAACGUGCCAAGAUUGAGAAGUCCUACAGCCAGCAGCUUACUGAAUGGUCCAAGAGAUGGAGGCAACUGAUUGAGAAAGGGCCUCAGUAUGGUUCUGUAGAGAAAGCCUGGUUAGCUAUGAUGACAGAAGCUGAUAAGGUGAGUGAACUUCAUCAAGAGGUGAAGAACGGUCUAAUGAACGAGGACAUUGAGAAGGUGAAGAACUGGCAAAAAGACUCAUACCACAGACAGAUGAUUGGAGGAUUCAAGGAAACCAAAGAGGCAGAAGAGGGCUUCAAGAAGGCCCAGAAACCCUGGGCUAAAAAACUCAAAGAGAUGGAGACGGCAAAGAAGACCUACCACAUGGCCUGUAAGGAGGAGAAAUUAGCCGCUGCCAGAGAGGCUGAAGCAUCUGUCGCGCCAGACCAGCAGAAAAAACUACAUGAGAAGACAGAGAAAUGCAAACAGGAUGUGCAGAAGGCCAAGGAGAAGUAUGAGAAGUCUCUGGAUGAGUUGUCAAAAUGCACACCUCAGUACAUGGAGUGCAUGGAGCAGGUGUUUGACCAAUGUCAACAACAUGAGGUCAGGCGACUGACAUUCCUAAAAGAGGCUCUCCUGGACAUUAAACGACAUCUCAACUUGACGGAAAAUCAAAACUAUGCUUCAGUGUACCGUGAGUUUGAACGCACCAUUCUGGCUGCCAACACACAGGAAGAUCUCAAGUGGUUCAGUAAUUAUCAUGGUCCUGACAUGCAUAUGAAUUGGCCCCAGUUUGAGGAAUAUAAUCCAGAAGCCACCAAUGCUGUGGCUAAGAAAGAAAAGAAGAAGCCAGAUGGAGUCGCCCCUGCCACUCCAAGCACAGAACAUAGUGGUCAGCCAGGUGACCGAGGCAGUGUGAGCAGCUAUGAGAAAAACCAGGCUUACUCCACAGAAUGGUCAGAUGAUGAACAGCCUGCCGGAUACUCUGGGAGUGAGACCAACGGGGGUGCAAACUCAUUCGAGGAUGACUCAGUUAGCAGAGGGGGCACGCGAGUGCGGGCUCUGUACGACUAUGAGGGGCAAGAACAAGAUGAGCUCAGCUUCAAAACAGGUGAUGAACUAACCAAGAUCGAAGAGGAAGAUGAUCAGGGCUGGUGCAGAGGUCGCCUCGACAAUGGCCGAACGGGUUUAUACCCAGCCAAUUAUGUUGAGGAAAUUUAAUCACCUGACUGGUGGUAAACACACCAAUGGAGGCAGCUCUGAUUGUCAGAUGUAAUAUCAUGGCAUAAAUGCCAGAGACUUUAAAUGAACGACUUUGCCUAAAGAUGUGCAAUGCAGUCUUGUUUAAAAUGAAAACAUCUUAGUAACUGAAAACCACACUGUACAUAUUGAUCUCAUCCAGGAUAAGAGGAAGAGCUUGCUCUAUACUAAUAUCUAUUUGCAAAUAUUUACGGUUACAUACAUACAAACAAAUAAAUGGCCCGUCAGUUAUGCAAGUACAGGACAUGCAUUAUUCGUGCAGCAUAUAUGUUAUUUAAUAUUAUAUUCCAGACCUGAGUAUUGAGUACUCUUAUUAGUGUAAUAUCCAACCGAAAAUGUGGCCAUUACGUGUAUUCUAGAAGUUCAUAUAACAGUGUCAUUGUGCUAUACAGGUACUUUUCCAGUGUCUUGCAACUCAGUCAUAGUGUUUAAACAAAAAAAUGACAUGCAAUGUGCAGUUUAGGUUUCCCUUCUUUCAUCUGUUGCGCUGUUUUUCUAUUAGGUAAGUUCUCUUAAUGUCUGUGUCUUUGAGCAUAGCAGCAUGUGCUAUGGAGCAUGAUUCCUCAGGUCAACCUGUACUGUAUGCAAUCCCCAAAAAAAGACCACAGAGAGCAGCAGAAUUGUAUUAACUUCUAACUGAAAAGUGGUGAAAUUAGAUGCUCUCAGGCUAUGAUUCAAACAGAAUGGUGAAAAAAUGUUUAAACUUAAACAAGGUUGUUCAUCACACUGGAAGGUCAAUGGAAGUUCAGGCGCAUUGCAUUGUGGGAUAACAUAUCCAUGCAUUAUGCUGUGUAGUACACUUCACAUUUGGCAAAUGCAGUGCAACAUUCUGAAGUAUACAGAAAAUGAAAAUACUGUGCGCAGAAUACAUACUACAUACUGCAGAGAUAAGUAUUAACAUUAGUAUGAUGUUCCAAAUAUAGUCACAGUUGUUUCUUGUCCCUGUUGUUCAAAUGAGUUGAUUGUCCUGUAGUGUCCAUCUCAUGUUUGUCAAAACCGUGCAGUUAUGAGUUACUCCAUGAGUUAACUAAUAUGCAGAUAUUGUGUCUUAUACAGCCUUUCAGGAAUGAAAGGUCUUUUAAAAACUAAGGGCCAGAUUUACUAACAGCUUGCGCCAGCACAAACCAUCAUUUUGUCACUAAAUAACGACUGUUGGGAUCAUUAGUGCUGAAGAGGUGUGGUUUAGUUCAUUUUGCAACAGACCUUAUUGCAUAUGCAUUUCAAGGAGUUCCCCUUUCAGAUGCAAAAUUUAUGGGAGGAGACAAUUUAAAUUAUUCACGCAACGCGAUUUACUAAUGUUUGCGUGUGUGUAAUGACUGGUAAUUGCAGCAUUAUUUAAUGUAGAAAAAAACCUUAAUUAAAGUAAACCUUCACUUUUUAGUGUCCUAAGGCAUCGUUAGUAGUGCUGAACUCAAGCGCAUCACGCGUUAACUCAUCAGCUCUGCUUAUUUGUGACCCUGAACUAAUUUGCGUUGCUCUUAGUAGAUUGUGUUGGUCAUUAUGGAAAUCAGCUGUUGCACAUGUGUUAUUUAAUUUGGGCCUUUUUUGGUAAAUAACCCGAAAAUAUUUCCACUCCUAUCUGUGCUUUUUUGGAAUUGCGCUUUCAUGCUAAUUUGCCCCGUUUAGUAAAUCUGGCCCUAAAUAUCAUCUCUUCAUUAGGCAUCUAUUCAUGGACCUCUUGAUGCCAAAUCAAGUUUCUUUAGAUUGAAUAUUUAUGUACAUGACUAGAACACAGCACAUGUUAUACAAAAUCUAUAAGUAAAAUCAAAUAGUGAAUUUCACAUGUGCUCCACUAUGCCCGUCACUAUUUCAUUUAAUAACAGUUAGCAAAAAGAAGCAAUCAGAAUAAUAGAAUCCAGUUAUGCAAUUUCACUUUUUUUUUACUUUUCUUAGUGUAAAUGUUGCUGUUUAAAUGUUUAAAGAAAUCUGCAAAGUUACAAAGCCCAAAGUUCGCUCCAAAAAGAUAUUCUCUUUGGUAGAAAAAUAAACUUUUCAAGAACUAUGGAAGACAUUUGUAUCCGAAUAUUGUGACUUCACAUUUCUGCUGAUAAUGUAAAAUAUAUGAAAAACAGAGAUUUUAUUUUCUAUAUUUCGCUAUAAAAAUAAAAUGAUACUAAAUAGCUCUAAAAGUGGUUUAAUGGCAUGGAAGAACCAUUUGUAAUGCUAAACUGCACCUACAGUAUGUAGGACCUGUGUAGAACCAUCUUGUGCUAUGUUGAACUAUAAGUGGUGUUAUGUGAUUUCACCAAGUAGGAUGUGAUCCUGGAUCAAUACCAUUAUUGGUCAUGGAUCAACAUUUUCAUUAACCAAUCAGAUUGCAGGAUUAGGAUUACAGUGUAUGUUAGAUUUAGGUUAGGAUUGGGUUAAGGGCUUUUAAAAAAUGUUUCUCAAACUAUUAUUUCCCACUAAUUUGAGGGGUAAAAAUGAUUAGGGUUUAAGUAAAGGGUAAAUUUAGUUUUUUUAUUAAAACAUUUAUCCAGGACCAACCAAAAAAAUGUUGAUCCAGGACCAACAAUAAAUGUUGACUCAGGAUCAGAUCUUACUUGGUGAAAUCACGGCGACCGUGUUGUUAUAGUCAUGCAUUAGCGCUACUUAUGGUUCUACAGAGGUGCUAUAUAACUUUAAAAUGGUUUCCCUAUGAUCAGAAGAUUUUAGUACUAUUUAGCACCAUUUUUUAGAGUGCUGGAACCCUUUAUUUUAGUACACUACAAAAACAAGCAGAGUUAAAGUGCAUAUCUUAUAGGAUCUCUGAUUCUUUUUUAAGUUUUAGGUUUAUUUGUUUAAUGCUUUUCAUAAUUUUGCAUUGUUGCAAAGCAGCUGUAGAAAAAACACAAUGUGGAACAGACAAUGAAAAUAAAUAUAUAAGAUAUUUAAGAUUAAAAUAUAUCAACAUAUGAUUUGCAAGCAGUAUACAGUUGUCCCAAAAUGCAUUUGAAAACACUUAAUAAUUUAUUAAUGUCAAUGCAUGCCAUUUAUUUUAAAGAAAGAUUGCACAAGCACACUUUUCAAGCUAAACUCCUCUCAUUACUGUCCUCCUAAUGAUGGAACCUCCAUUAUUUUAUCAAUACCAGAUUACAAUACUGAAAACGUGGCAUUGUGCAUAUGUGGAUUUCUGCACUGUUCAUGGAGUUUGUUUCAGAGAGGCAGGUGAAGUGUGGUGAACAGAUUAUGAACUUGUUCGUUCUGAGAAAAGAUCCUCGUACAGUUUUGUGAUUUGGGCAAGCAAAAAGUACAAAAAGGAUUUAUUGUUAAAAUAUUUUGUGGUGUACACAAAAAGAAGUCCACAAGGGUACACACAUAUGAUGUUGGCCAUAUUGGGGAGUAUCCUCUUUAUUAUGUUUAAUGUAUGAGUUGUGUUUAUGUAUAGAAAACAGAAGUAGUGUUAUAAUUGUAAAUGUUGGUAACAAAACAACAACUGCUUUGAAAAAAUAACACUGUAAUGCUCUAUAUAUACACCAUACUGUUAUUUAAAUCUGGACUGAAAUUAAUCACUAUUGUAUCAUACCUGUAAAAAUGUGUGUGGGUCCACACCAUCAUAUUUGUAUAUGAUGAUGUAAUUUAUUAAGAUUAUAUCCUGUAACUGUACAACUGUGUUGAGUAGAGACAAACACCUAGUUGAGACAGUAAAGACGUGUAAUGUAAAUGCUAUUUUAAAUGUUGAUUUGUUCUUAUGCAAAUGAAGGGAUGAAGGUUUAUGUUGUGGUGUAAAGGACAUGUGUGUAUGUUCAUAGUUAGUUGAUGUACUGUAAAUUGAGCUUCUUGCGGGUGUAGUGCCUCCUCAUCCAUAAAAAGAUGUUUAUUAAUAUA